AUGUCGAAAACGCACGUCACCCCGGUAAAAGGUCUCACGAUUCCCCGUUUGGAGUUACAGCCGGCAGUAGAAGGCCUCAACCUUGCUCUCACGAUUUGUCGUGAGCUGGAAAUUGAUUUGAGGGGUAUCGACCCAAAAGAUGUCGACGAAUUGGCCUGUUUCCACCGAGGACCUCCGUUCCUGAAUUUGGAUCCGGCAGAAUGGUACACCUGGGAAGAAAUCAUGGAGCCUGAGGAACGAGACGAGUACGUUAUUCGCGUCUUGGCAGUCAAAACUGAAGAUGAGAACCAUGUCAUCGACCGAUGCGUCACACGUUUUUCCAGCCUGGUGAAACUUCAACGAGUACUGGCCUGGAGUAAAAGAUUUGCCGACAACGCUAGAGCAAAACUACGUGAUGAAAAACCAAUUGUCGGAGAGCUGACAGUAGAAGAAAUGGUAACAUCGCUGACAAAAUGCAUCGUACGCGCUCAAGAAUUGGCCUUCGCUGAAGAAUUUUACGCCCUUCGCAAGAAUCUGAAACUACCACUCAGAUCAAAACUUCGCACUUUCCAGCCCUUCCUGGAUGAAGUCGGACAGAUGCGAAUUGGCGGACGUAUACUUCAAGCGCCAAUCGACUAUGCAGCUAAACACCCCAUAAUUCUGCCAGCAUCUCAACUUCUAACGAAAAAGAUAAUUUGGGAUCACCACUUUAGAAACAUGCACGUCAAGACAGAGAGAUUCCUGACAGACCUCCGCUCUCGCUACUGGAUACUUUCUGGACGUAAAGUGGUAAAAUCUGUCCUCAACAACUGCUGGCCCUGCAAGCGUACGUCGGCAAAACCCAGCCCGCCGUUAAUGGCUUCCCUUCCAGUACAUCGUUUAACGCCUCAUCUACCCGCGUUCACUUACACAGGGAUCGAUUACUUUGGUCCUUUGACCGUAAGAGUUGGUGGUCGGGGAAGAAGACACGAAAAGCGUUGGGUCAGCCUAUUUACGUGCUUCACCACUAGAGCAGUUCACCUGGAAGUGGCCAACGGGCUCAGUAUGGAGGAGUUUUUACUCUGCUUCUCCCGUUUUGUUAGCCUACGUGGAAAACCCAAGGUCGUUUACAGCGACAAUGGGACAAACUUUGUCGCCGCCGAGCAAGAGUUACGACAAGCCCUACAAGAACUUGUUGCCAAGCACGAAGAACUUCAGACGUUAAUGGCUUGUCAACAAAUUGAGUGGCAUUUCUCUCCACCCGGGCCCCACUUCGGUGGUGUUUGGGAAAGGAUCGUACAAUCCUGCAAACGGGCAAUGAAGACAAGCAUCGGAAAUUGUCUAGUCACGGAUCAAGUGCUACGGACUGUAAUUGCUGAAGUAGCAGCUUUAUUAAAUGCUCGGCCGCUAACACAUCUUAGUAUGGACCCAGAAGACCCAGAUCCGUUAACCCCAAACCACUUUCUAUACGGUGGAGCUCGGCCAUACUUGCCCCUACAGUUGGCUGAAGUGGAAGACAUGAACGUAACCAACAAGCAGUUUCAGCAAAGUCAAGCCAUCCUUCAGCACUUUUGGAACAGAUGGCUACGUGAAUAG